UCGCUCGAUUUCGGGGGUCGCGGAUCAGACGGCGGGGAGCGAAUCCGGGGCCCCGUCCGGCACCUGCCUGGCGCCCUGGCUGCCUUGCCUGCCUUCCCCUCUUCCUCACUCGCCUCCUCUCCUCUGCUCCGCUGCUGAGUUCGGCCUCGGAGGAAAAAAACAAGGGGAAGAACUCUUCCUCGUGUUCUUCCCGUUUGGCGUCGCCCGCGGCCCGCCGCAACCAUCCAAAAGGCGGCAGCGCGUUUUCUCUGCAUCUCCGGCUCUCCGUGUCGUCGCCCCCGGGGGGAUCUUGCUGCUCCGCCGCCGCCCACAGGGGUCCGUCUUUCCAACACCGCCACCUGCUCCAGACACUUCACCCGUGGGGAGACGGCGGAAGCCAGGGAGGGAGACGACUCAUCAGAGAAGCAACAAGGUGUUCUUCAGCUCGUCUCGGAGUCAGAGGCUGCGGUGAGCAGGUGGCACUGUUGCUGCGGCGCAAGGAGCAUUUCCGUGGCUGCCAAAUUCGAGCCGAUGGUCGCUCGCUGACCACAGCAGCAGCACUGUUCCAUUCCAUCGGCAGGUGAGCCCCGAGCCCGAGGAUAUCCAUCGGGUGCGGGCGGCAAAAGGUUUGAAAAUGCUGGCGUGCAUCGCGUGCUCGGCCAAGGACGGCGGCGAUCAGGACGGCCCCCGCGCCGCCACGCCCCACGGCAGGGACGCCGGCAAGUCCCUCACCUCCCAGCUCAAGGACAUGGUGCUCAAGUUCUCCGGCUCCGGCAGCAGGCAGUACAAGGCCGCGGGGAGCCCCUCGUUCAGGGGCAACCGCUUCCACCGCAACAGCCGCCUCGCCGCGUACCCGGGCGUCAUCGACGACUCGGGCUUCGCGUCGGACGGUGCCGCCGAGGGCUACGGUUACAUGAGGACGGCGGCGGCCGCGAGAUCCGUGCCGCCGCCGCCGCCUUGGGAGGCGGCCAAGGUCGUGCGUGGCUUCCCGCAGCACACCAGGAGCCCGAGCGCGAGCUGGAUACCGAGCAUCGGGGAGGAGGACGAGGAGGAGGAGGAUGACGACGAGGGGGUUGUUGUGCUGGAGGAGGACCGCGUGCCGCGGGAGUGGACGGCGCAGGUGGAGCCCGGCGUGCAGAUCACCUUCGUCUCCAUCCCCGGCGGCGCCGGCAACGACCUCAAGCGCAUCCGCUUCAGCCGCGAGAUGUUCAACAAGUGGGAGGCGCAGCGGUGGUGGGGGGAGAACUACGACCGCGUGGUGGAGCUCUACAACGUGCAGACGUUCAGCCGGCAGCAGGGCGUCUCCACGCCGACGUCCUCCGUCGACGACGCCACGCAGAGAGAUUCUUCGUUCUACUCCCGCGCCGGGUCGACGAGGGAGAGCCCGGUGAUCCUUCCGCCGACGGCGGCCGGCCGGCAGCAGCCGAUCGCCCGCGCCGCGUCGUGCAGGGCGAUGGCCGCGGCGUCCUCCACGGCGCGAGCCGCGUGCAACCCGUCGUCCACGGCCGUGCCGGACCCUUCGGACCACGUGUGGGCGCACCACUUCAACCUGCUCAACUCCGCGCCGGCUCCACCGCACUUCGACCCGUCGCGCGCGACGACGUCGUCCCUGGACGAGGCGUCCGUGUCCGUGAGCAACGCGAGCGACCUGGAGGCCACGGAGUGGGUGGAGCAGGACGAGCCCGGCGUGUGCAUCACCAUCCGCGAGUUCGGCGACGGCACCCGCGAGCUCCGCCGCGUCCGCUUCAGCCGAGAGAGGUUCGGCGAGGAGAGGGCCAAGGUGUGGUGGGAGCAGAACAGGGACAGAAUACACGCGCAGUACCUGUGACGCCGGAGUGAGCUCUAGCGGAGCUGAUGGAAGCUGGAAGCCGAGCCAUCAUGCCACGGUCAACGUUUAGAGUAGGGUUCUGUGAUACUAGUGCGGCUACUAUCUGUUAGCGUUAGUUUUUACUGGGUGAACAGAGAGAGGUGAAAGAGGUUGUGGGGGAUGGAGCUUGUGUAAAACAUGUUUACUGCUGCUGAUCAGGGUUUGUGUGCUGAUGACCAAUGUAUUUGUUUCGUUUGAUGUGCUGA